AUGUCUUCGACACCCUCAAUCACAAAUGAAAAGUCUGGCGUAACGCAUACAGUCUCGAAGCCGGUAGGUAAACUCCACGACAUCGUAACCAGUCACGAUGUCAAUGCCAUCGGGUACGAGCUCUACGAAAAGGCUCAGGAUGUAUAUACCGAUGAAGAAGCCGAAACUCAGUUUUACAAGCUGAUUGUGCGCAAGAUCGACUGGAGGAUUGUUCCUUUGUUGUGUGUGACAUACAUGUUACAAUUCUUGGAUAAGCUUUCAUUAAACUACGCUGCCGCCUAUACUUUACAAGAGGACUUGAACUUAACGGGCCAAAGGUAUUCUUGGGUUGCUGCCAUUUUCAAUUUCGGGUAUUUGUUCUGGGCCAUCCCUGGUAACUAUCUAGUUCAGAGGUUCCCCGUGGCGAAAUACACGGGGUUCAUGUUGUUUACAUGGGCCAUAAUCCUCGUUGGCCAUGUGGGGUUGAAAAACUAUGGCGGUGCCUUGGUCAUCCGGUUCAUAUUGGGGAUGUUUGAAGCCAGUAUCAGUCCUUCGUGUAUGGCGAUUUGCGGAUCGUUUUACACAAUUCAGCAACAGCCAAUUCGAAUGUGCAUUUUCUUGUCCUUCAACGGUGUGGCAACUAUGCUUGGUGCAUUGUUGGGAUUCGGUUUGGGCCACGCCACGAAUGCUGCCAUCGAGCCUUGGAAAUUGAUCUUUGUGGUGAUUGGAUUGUUGAAUUUUGUAUGGGCAGUGGUUUUCCUUUGGUUAUGUCCUGAUUCUCCCGAGUCUGCCAAGUUUCUUACCGAGGAUGAAAAAGCAAUCUUGAUCAAACACGUUGCUGCUAACAACCAAGGUAUGAAAGACCAAAAGUUUAAAAAAUACCAAGUUUUCGAAGCCUUGAGGGACCAGGUUGUUUGGAUGUUGGCCAUCGUGGGCUUGGGCUGUGGUGUCAUCAACGGUGGGGCCUCGAACUUCUCCUCGGCUUUAAUUAGGGGGUUUGGGUUCACCGGUAUCGAAGCGACUGCAUUGCAAUUGCCCAUGGGUGCAAUUGAGUUGGUGAUAGUUGUCUUGGGCGGGAUCGUGGCAUUCACCGUUCGAAACACGAGGUGCAUUGUGCUUUUCAUGUUUUGCAUUGCCCCCUUGGGCGGCUUGAUUGGCCUUCUUGUGUAUUCGCUCGAGCACAGAUGGAAUCUUGUAGCCUGUGCCUGGUUGCAGUUUAUCAUUGGUGGGCCCGUCAUCAUGAGUUGGGUCUUGUUGAAUGCAAACGUUUCCGGUUCUUCCAAACGCACCAUUGCCAAUGGGCUCUGGUUCUUGUUCUAUGCCGCUGGUAAUAUUGUUGGUCCCAACAUCUUUUUAGCUACGGAGGCGCCCAAAUACAGGAGCGGUAUCAUGGGGUUGAUGACUAGUUACUGUGGCAUAAUGGUGUUGGCCAUUGGUUUGUAUUUCACAAUGAAGCGCAGGAACGUGGUGCGGGAUAAGGAGCAAGAUGGGCAAAGUGAGGAGCAGAAAGAACAAGCCAUCGUUGAUGGAUUCAAGGGAUUGACCGAUUUCGAAAAUAGAGGUUUCCGGUACUCCUUAUAG